AUGUAUCGGAAGUUGUCUAAGUUAGAACACUCGGAAAUAAAACAACUUCUAACAGAAGCUAACAUAGAAGUAGCAAAACAUUACGCAACAAACAAAAAAGCACUCGCUGACAUCCUCAAUGACUACAAUGGUGCAAUAAGUUAUGAUAGAAUUCAUGAGUUCAUAAAGCCGCAACGCGGCGAGGACGAAGUCCAUGCAAGAGCAUUUCCUUUAAAUGACGUUGCCAUUGACUUAUAUCAUAGACGUUCAGUACCUCAUGAAGUAAGAAGAGAAAUGUUUGACAUAACAAAUGCAAACGUUGGUGAAACAAGAAGAAGAGACGACACACUGAAACAACAGAGAAGAGAGAUGUUUAAGAGCGCUAUAGAACAAGUUCGCAAAGCUAACGAUGUCAUUCGUUCCAUUGACGACAAACCAAAAGAAGGUGAGAGAUGGUUAAAGAAAGAUGAAGAGAAUAGGAAGAGAAAUGUGAAGUCAGG